AUGAAGCUCACCUUCAAGGACCUGAAGCAGGAGAAGUUCGUCAUCGAUGUCGAGCCUUCUGAAACUGUUCGCGAGGUCAAGGCCAAGAUCGCCCAGGAGAAGGGCGAAUAUGAGGCUGAGCGUAUGAAGGUUAUCUACUCUGGAAAAAUCCUUCAAGAUGACAAGACAGUCGAAUCCUACAACAUCCAAGAAAAGGAUUUCCUAGUUUGCUUGCCUUCAAAGCCCAAGGCCGCCCCUGCUUCCUCCCAGCCUAAGCCCCCCUCGACUCCGGCUGCCCGAGCUCCUGCAUCGACCCCCGCUGCUCCUCCUGCCCCUCAGGCCUCCUCUACCGCUGCCCCAGCUGUCCCCGCUACCCCUACUCCCGCCGGUGCGACACAGUCCAGCGGACCCGCCUUUGGAGACCCCUCUGCUCUCGCCAUGGGCUCUGCCGCCGAGGGUGCCGUUGCUCAGAUGGAGGCUAUGGGCUUUGCACGAACCGAUAUCGAUCGUGCCAUGCGCGCUGCAUUCUACAACCCUGACCGUGCCAUUGAAUACCUCUUGACUGGUAUUCCCGAUAACAUCCAGGAACAGCAGCAGCAGCAACAACAACAACAGCAGCAAGAAGCCGCAGCGCCUGCUCCUACUGCUGGUGCUCCUGCUCCCGCUGGUGGUGAAGAGCCUCUUAACUUGUUCGAAGCCGCCGCUCAGGCCGGUGAAGGUGGUGGUCGUGGUGCCCGCGGUGCCACCGGCGCUGGUGCUGGUGCUGGAGCUGGUGAUGCUGCCAGCCUCGAGUUCCUCCGCAGCAACCCCCACUUCCAACAGCUCCGUCAGCUCGUUCAGCAGCAACCCCACAUGCUUGAGCCUAUCCUGCAACAGGUCGCCGCUGGGAAUCCCCAAAUCGCCUCUCUCAUCGGACAGAACUCCGAUCAGUUCCUUCAGCUUCUCGGUGAGGACAUUGAGGAGGGCGAGGGAGAUCUGCCUCCUGGAGCACAGGCCAUUUCGGUUACAGAGGAAGAGCGGGAUGCCAUUGAACGUUUGUGCCGUCUGGGCUUCCCCCGGGACCACGUCAUCCAGGCCUACUUCGCCUGCGACAAGAACGAAGAGUUGGCCGCUAACUUCCUCUUCGACCAGCCGGACGAGGAUGAGGAGUAG